AUGGCUGGCGCUCUCUUCAUGGACGCUAUCGGAUUAUUCGGUACCGGGCUGGGAAUCAUUCAGUUUGGUCUUGACAACUUUGCUGCUAAGCCGAAAGAUCCCCAAGGUACCAUUGUCGGUAUCAAAGCCGGUGCUGGUGAAGGCGCUUCCAACACUUUGGGCGGCAAAAUCUCAAAAGUCUACGCUUACGACCAUCAGAACGUGCAGAUUGGCACAGCUGGAAAACAGACCAUGGCCGGUAAUGGUGACUACCUGACCUUCACCGUUGAUCAAGAUGUUCCAGGCGCUCAGGGCCAAUUCAUCGGCAUCCAGAAUGGUAACGACGCUACCUGUGUUGCAUGGAUCACCGUCCAAAUGCAUGACAACUCUCUGAAUGGUGUUUGGACUGGUGACAUUGGAAGAGCCUGCGGUCAGACCUGGUUCGAAAGUCAGGAAGUCGCUGGCAAAUUGGAGGAUGGAAGUCUCUACCACCCCUCCUGCACCUGGCUUGAUGGAAACCACGACAACGGUAUUCCCAGUGCCUCUCUGAAGUUUGCGACGUACGCCUACGGCAACGAGCUCAGCCAUCUAACCCUCAAUGAUGCAUGUGCUUCGACCAUGUUUGCGGCUGACGAAACCGAAAUCACCGAUGCACCCUUCAACCCUGGCAAGGCUAAGCGAGAUAACGCCUCUCCUCGUCCCUGCCUUCCCUGGAUGGAGCAGAAACUCAUUGUUUCCAACAUCGCAACUCACAGCGCAACCAAUCUCUGCAACUCCAACACCAGCUGGGGACCAGAUUUUGCCUCUCCGGUGGAGGGUAAGCUCUGCGACAUGUCGACCAAAACUCUUUACACGCUCUGCUCGAUGGAAGACGUCGAUGGCUGUGUCGAUAUUGCUACCAACCCGGUCAACGGCACUACCCAACAGCGCACCGUAGCUACACGCAAGCUCUCGGUUGCAAAGCGUACUGUUAACAGUCCUAUCAGAUCUUAUGAGGAGACUGAUGUAUGGGGUGAUGAUCAGUGA